AUGAAGAUGGAUGAACCAGAUGCCCGUGCCUGGGUACUCACCAUCUGCUCGGCUCUAGCCUGCUGUGCUGGUGCCUCCGUUAUCUUCAUCGAUCUCCUACCAUGGAAGCACUUCAGCAUCCAGUCAAAUUCUACCUUUCUAGCUGCCUGUCUUUCUCUCAGCUUUUCUGUCCUUCUCUUCAGCAGUGCCCGUCUGUUUGGCGAGGCCAUCACCUAUCUCGAACGAGGAUAUGGCAAUAACCCGUAUUAUAUUAUCAUGGUCUCCUUCUCGGCAGGAUUCUUAGUCUGCUACUAUCUAUUCAAAUUCCUACAUCGGUUCAUCCCUCAUCGAACCGUCAGUUGUGACGACGAUAGUGAAGAUGACGAUGAUAAACCCCUUGCGAGUGGAUUCGGUAGUGUAAGUAGCGGAGCUACUGCCGUAGAUCAUGAUCAUGGAACUUCAAACUUGAAGGCGAAUAACGGUAAAGUUGUUGUGCCGGACGAAGAAACGGCUCUUCUCGGAAACGGCCAUACCUUCGAACAUCGACCUACACUCGCAAAGCGGUUUUCCGAUACGGUCGGAAAGAUCACGCGACGAUGUACUGAAGACGGUCGUUGCUUCGGAUUUGUCACUUGCCCUUGCGAGGGGAAUUGCUUGCACAAAAAGGGGGAGGUAAAGCCACUACAUGCUUGCCAUCCAAAACACUGCGAAAGAACCUAUUCCGGCCUUCAUCAAGCCGGGUGCUCGAGCGACCGAACAUUGAGGGAUGUUCCUAUCCUUGAAGAUGAAGAAAGUGACCAUAUUGACGAUGGUCAUCAUCACGGACAUGAGGAACAACACCAAGAACAACACCAUCAUGGACAUGGGCACGAUAGCACUCAUGACGCUGAGGCCCACGGUUCGAAUCACGGUGAUGAGGAUGGACAUAAGCAUAAUCAUCAUCACCAUGUAGCGAAUAACGCUUUUGUCGGAAUAGGCUUCCAGACAAGUCUUGCUAUCGCCUUGCACCGAUGUCCUGAUGGAUUCAUUACUUUUGUGACCAACCAUGCCGACAAAAAACUUGGCUUUACGAUUUUUCUGUCUUUGUUUAUUCAUAGCGCUGUUGAUGGGUUUACUAUGUGCUUGCCAUUAUAUCUUGCAUUGCAGUCGGCCUGGAAGGCUGUUCUUAUCACUUUUGUCAUUGGGGGUUUGGCGCAACCUUUGGGCGGAUUGUUUGCAUUUAUCUGGUUGAAGUUCGGGUCCGCUCCGAGUGAGACAGUUUACGGGAUCAUUUUCAGCUUCACCGGUGCCCUAUAUAGCGGGAUUGAUGUCAGUAGUUGCUGUGCAGUUAUUGCGACAGAUCCCCUCGGACCACAAGCAUCCGGACUUGCCUUACAUCUCCAUGCUUGUGGGUGUAGUGUUGAUGUGUCUCUCGGUGGCAUUGACGACUUCUAA